AUGGCACCUUUCCAAGACUACCAGCCGGUUAAGUUUGCGCGCCUGCUGUUCUACUUCAUGCAUGCUGACGGACACCUCGAGCUCGUCAAGGAUGAAGCCGAGCAGCCACAAGCACUCGACAGCGCCUCCUCCGAGGCCUUCUUGGAGGAUGAGGUCCACCAGGAGCCCACCAACAACGACGCCCUCUCCAAGUCAACGGAGGCUGAGGGCCAGCAGGAGCCACAAUCCAAUGGCACCUACUCCGGGUCUCUGACGCGACUCCAGGCCGGCUAUCUCCAUGCCAUCGGCGUUCUCGAUGAGCGCCUCAAGCGACAACAGCAAGAGCUUGACUUGGCGCACGCUGACCUCCAAUAUAUGGAUUUCCUCCAGCAUCAGAACAAACAGCUGACCUUGGAUCUGAAUGCAUCGCGCUCGGUGGCCCAGGAAAUGCGCUCUGCACCGCUCGAGAAGAAGUUGGCAGAGAAGAAUGCCACACUCAAAGACAAGAACGAGAAGAUCUUCGACCUUGAGCAGACGAUUGGACGCCUCCAGAACGAGCUGUACCAGCCGAAGAGGGAGCCUCUGGGCGUGGGUGCAUGGCUACCAGGCCAGCAGAACCAUAAUAACGUCUCUGCAGCGGGACUGCUUCAGCAGAACAGCUACGAGGGAGAAUUGAAGAUGGAGCCCACACCUUACGACCGCAAGAACAUCGGCGCAACUGAAAAAGGCAACGCGGCCAAGAAGAGGAAGCUCGUCGACCUUACGUGCGCAGGCAAGGACGGACUUUCAAACCAGGAUUCCGGUGCUGAUCAGGUCGUUCGUGGAGGCAACGUCUAA